CACUUUGUGUUUCAUUUAGUUCUUGAUCACAGUAGGAGCAGCGCAAACCGAUUUUUAUACAUGUGAACUGGACCUUACUCAACCACAAAACAUGAGUUAUUCACAGACAUGGAGUCCUUCGUUCUUAAAAACCGAGUGCCAGUCUGUUUACGCAAAAAGAACAACAGAUCCGAAAGGAUAUGAACUGUACGAAAAUGAGGCGAACGAGUUUAGAAAGUUUAUUGUCGCGCUAGAGAUGUUAGAGGUGAAACAAUCGGGUAGAGAAUUAUGUGCGGGUGGGACUGUAAGUAUUUGUGAUAUUUUUCAACUAUACGAAUUAACUUUUAAGCCUUGGAUUUUUGGGAAGGAUAUGACCGAUACUGUAUAUACAACCAAGCCUUUGAGAAACACACAGACUAUUUAUAAAAUAUUGCAUUGCAAAAUAUUUGUUGCAUUUAGCGUUUUGUUUUUGCUUAUUCCAUAUUUGGCGAUUCCAAAUACAUACUUGCACACAUUGUCAUCCGUUAAGCAUCUUAUAAAUUUCAAGCAACGGAAAGAAUUAUACAAGCAAUCAAAUCUGUGUGAUUGCUACAUGAAGAAUAAUAAAGAAAGUUUUCUGAAUUGCCUCGCAGAAAAAACGAAAGCAGUUGGUGGAUAUUAUACAAAAAUAUUAAAUGGACUAGACCAAAGCUUUUAG